UCAUUUGCAAGUCAAGAAGCUCGAGGGAUUGAUGCUAUUGAUGCUGGUCGUGCGUGCUGCGAGCACCUGGCCGGAACUUGGGACGGCGAGCAUGUUGAACCUGAAACCACCGCCGAGCUUGAAAGGGCGCAGCCCAAAACGGAGUCGGGGCUUUCUUGCCAGAAUCCAACAGCGGGACGUCGAAGCGCUCGCGACAGAAGCAACCUAGCAAAUAACGAUGGACGAUGGCAUGACUGCGAGUGAGCUGCGGCAGCGCUACGAGCGCGGAGGCAGCGUGCGCGACUGCGACCUCAGUGCGGCCCAGCUGCGCUCAAGAUACGCCAUCCCCGGGAACACCUUCAAAGAGAAGCAAUCCGACUCGAAUCCCAUGAUGAUCAUUGCGGCCGUGGUUCUGCUGGUUAUUCUCGCCGGAGGUGCUUAUGCGUUCACGGCGCAGUAACUUUGCGCACUCAGUGACACGAAAGUAUAUUGCCCGCACCAGCGAACGAUGCUCGCAAAGCAGAUUAAUAUAAUGGCUGGGGAGUUCUGACACUUUCGCAUCGAAGUCAGAAUCGCA